CAAAGCCUCAUCAAACCACGCCUUCAAUAUCAAUAACAUCCUACACCCUUUGUCCAUCAUGCCAAACGGAAGCUGCGUAUGCGGAGACUGGACGUACGAGUACUCCGGCGAGCCAGGCGGAGUCGCGGUCUGCCACUGCAAGCCAUGCCAAAAGACUGCCGGCCUGAACGGUAGCUACAACUUGAUCAUUCCCGAGGGCAAUUUCAAGAAGCUCUCCGGCUCCGACUUCAAGUACAGCCGCAAGGGCGACAGCGGCAAGUCGGUCAACUAUUCCAACUGCGGCAAAUGCGCCACGGUCAUGAUCGCCGACAUCGAGGCCAUGCCUGGUGUUGUGCUCGUCAAGGGCGGUACGCUCGACGAUGAGAGCGUGAUGGCCAAGGCUGAGCCGAAGGUGGAGCUGUACACGAAGAACAGGCCGAGCUGGUGUGGUGCUUGGAGUGGUGCGGAGCAGAAGGAGAGUGCGUAGGAGAGUUGUAGCGGACAGAAGAGAUGUGGUCAAGAUUGACUCCUCGAGGUUGCACCUUGAUGGCGUCUUUGGACCAAGGUAGGUGUGCAUCGGAACGUACUCAGAGAUUGCAAUCCUUUUC